GUGCAACAGACAGCACAACUGUCAGCUAGAAAUCUAAAAAUUUAGGUUGGUACCAACUAGUUAACAGCGUAACUAGCAAAGGUGGACUUGAAAUAUUGAACAACAUGCUGUCCUACAUUUGUAAUCUCAUCCGUUGCAGCUUCGAACAAAUUUUUGGUUUUUUCCUGCGUCUUUUAUGGUCAAAGCGAAAGCCUGCCAUUACUCUCGAGGACCCAAAUGUCAAGUAUGCGCUACGCCUCAUAGAUAAAGAGAUAAUCAGUCACGACACCAGGAAGUUUCGCUUUGCUCUGAGGUGCCCUGAGCAUGUCUUAGGUCUACCUGUCGGGCAACAUAUCUACCUGUCUGCAAAAAUAGAUGGAAACCUGGUUGUGAGGCCUUACACCCCUGUGUCCAGUGAUGAUGACAAGGGCUUUGUGGACCUUGUGGUCAAAAUUUACUACAAGAAUGUCCACCCUAAGUUUCCUGAAGGUGGCAAAAUGAGCCAGUAUUUAGAGAGUCUUCGAAUUGGCGACACCAUUGACUUCAGAGGACCAAGUGGCCUGCUGGUUUACAAAGGCAGAGGGAAAUUUGCCAUCAGGCCUGACAAGAAGUCUGAACCUGUUAUUAAGACUGCAAAGCAAGUUGGUAUGAUUGCAGGAGGGACAGGUAUCACGCCCAUGCUGCAGAUCAUCAGGGCAGUCAUGAAGGAUCCGAAAGAUCAGACAGUGUGUCAUUUGCUUUUUGCCAACCAGACAGAAAAAGACAUCCUUCUACGCCCCGAGUUGGAGGAAGUUCUGGCCAAUAACCCGUCUCGAUUCAAGCUGUGGUUCACUCUUGACAGGGCUCCAGACGGUUGGGAGUACAGUGAAGGCUUCAUCAGUGAAGACAUGGUCCGUGAUCAUCUUCCCCCUCCAAGUGAUGAUACUCUAAUCCUCAUGUGUGGGCCCCCUCCAAUGAUCCAGUUUGCCUGCAACCCCAACCUCGACAAAGUGGGCCACUCUAGCAGCAGACGCUUCACCUUCUAGAAUGUUCCACAUUCAUACCUAACACACAAACCAGAGCUAGAGGCUGCGUUUGGAGAGUGUAAGUCUUGGCUUAGCCUUAACCGUUGUGUGAAACCUUACAGCUAUACCAUAUAUGGUGAGAGCCUUACAAUGUAAAUGGCCCUUUGUUUUCAUAAAGUAUAUAUAACAGUUUCAAAGAGUAGUGUUUAAACCUCUAUCAGUAAAAUAUAUGGACCAGAAAUAAUGUCCAGAGUGGAUACCAUGAUUUGUCGACCCAGAGACAAUUGAAUCUCUCAAGGUAAAUGUUUAGUUGAAGGUUAAAAGUCAUUGGUUGCACAAGGAAGAGAGAACUACCUAUGGCAUUGACAGAGCUUAGAAAGACUGUUACCAGUUAAAGCACUUCCAUGUCAGUAUGUGCCAUAAUGUCCAACUUGAAUUGAAUAAGUGUAUGUAUGAGAAUAAUGUAUGGGUUGGGAUUGUCUGUAUAAUAUAUUUCCUCUUAUUUAAUUAGGCAGAUGUUUUCAUGACAUGAUCUGAAUCUACUUGUUUAAUCUGUGACACUGAAGACUCCCUAACAGAUUCCAUGUUCAGUGAAACAUAAAGAAGAAAACAUCAGUUUGUUCUGUUUCACUGUGAUAAUAUGGCCUUUUGUGCCUUAGCCCUUGUGAGGUAACUUUUUUUUUGAUUCAGUGUAUUGCUGUCACAGAAAAAUAAUACAAAUGCCUGCUUAGUUUCAAAGCACUUUUCGUGUGCCAUAUGCGUAUAUGAUAUGUUAUAUGAACGACCAACGUGGCUUUAGCACUCACCCAUUCCAUUAAUGGGUGUUUCCUUAGCUUGGACUAAAAUUGCUCAUUCUGAUUCAUCGCUGCAUCUUUCAGCAUAUUCAUUUUAUUCCUCAACCAAAACAUUUUGGCAACAAAGAUGCUGUCACAAUGUAAGUGACACUGUCUAGAACCUGUUGAUGUCUGUUUUGAUUAUGGUUGUCCUUGUGAUAUCCAUAAUCAAGACUUGCAUGAAUUUGUGUUGGAAAAAAAAACAAACAAACUGGUCAACAAAAGUAAAAUCUAUCUUGUAUACCAACA